GUGACCCAUACUGACGAGGAAACUCCGCAAUUAUCUAAAGUCUAUAAUUUUUACCCCGUAACUGAAAAUUGCAGAUUCCCCGAAUCCGAUCAAUACAUAUACAAUCACACACACAAGUUUAUUUUUCUAUCACUGUGACUUAUAUAGUUAUGUGACUAUAACAGCAAUAUACCCUACCAAACGCCAACUGCGUGUUGCACUCGCUCUCUCAUCUAUCCUAUCUCUUCUUCCUCCUCUCUAUCUCUCUUUCUUUCUGUAUUUAGCUUUAUCGACGUGGAGAUCCAAUCAUGAUUUCUCUGUUAAUAAUCCUCUAACAGACUAAAACUCACACGCAACGUCAACCUUCCUCUCUCUAUAUAUACUUACACUCUAAACUCUCUACAUACACAAUAACACACACACACACACACACUCUUCAAUGGCUAACAAACACUCACUGUUUCUUCUUAUUCUCUUCACUGCAACUCUUCUUGCAGUGGAGUCUCGUCCGCCAUUCGCUUGCGACCCACGGAACCCGAGAACGAGGGCCCUGAAGUUCUGUAGGGUAACGGUGCCGGUGCAUGUAAGAGUAAGGGACUUGAUCGGACGGUUGACGUUGCAGGAGAAGAUAAGGCUGUUGGUUAACAAUGCUAUUGAUGUGCCCAGAUUGGGUAUUCAAGGUUACGAGUGGUGGAAUGAAGCUCUUCAUGGUGUUUCCAAUGCGGGUCCAGGGACUAAGUUUGGUGGGGCCUUCCCUGCUGCCACUAGCUUCCCUCAAGUCAUCACCACCGCUGCUUCUUUCAAUCAGUCGCUCUGGGAGCAAAUCGGACGGGCGGUCUCUGAUGAGGCAAGAGCAAUGUACAAUGGAGGAAUGGCUGGAUUGACAUAUUGGAGCCCUAAUGUGAACAUAUUCCGCGAUCCUCGUUGGGGCCGAGGACAAGAAACCCCUGGCGAGGACCCUGUUUUAGCUGCUAAAUAUGCCGCUAGCUACGUUCAGGGACUACAAGGUAGUGGCGCGGGUAACCGAUUGAAGGUCGCUGCAUGUUGCAAACAUUAUACUGCUUAUGAUCUUGAUAAUUGGAAUGGCGUGGAUCGAUACCAUUUCAAUGCCAAGGUAAGCAAGCAAGACUUGGAGGAUACCUACAACGUACCAUUCAAGGCAUGUGUGGUUGAAGGGAAAGUCUCUAGUGUGAUGUGCUCAUACAAUCAAGUGAAUGGAAAGCCUACCUGCGCUGACCCUGAUCUCCUUAAAAACACUAUUCGUGGCCAAUGGAGACUCAAUGGAUACAUUGUCUCGGACUGUGACUCGGUUGGGAUUUUAUAUGAUCCCCAACACUACACGGCCACACCUGAAGAAGCAGCUGCAGCCAGUAUCAAGGCCGGCUUGGACUUGGACUGCGGCCCAUUUCUGGCGAUCUAUACAGAGCCGGCAAUAAGGAGAGGGUUGCUUACAGAGGAAGAUGUUAAUUUGGCUUUAGCCAACACAAUUACUGUCCAGAUGAGAUUGGGCAUGUUUGAUGGUGAGCCAUCAGCCCAACCUUAUGGAAAUUUAGGCCCAAGAGAUGUCUGCACCCCAGCACACCAACAUCUGGCCCUAGAGGCGGCUCGACAAGGAAUCGUUCUGCUUCAAAAUCGUGGCCGGGCUUUGCCGCUGUCCUCCACCCGUCACCGCACUGUUGCAGUCAUUGGGCCCAAUUCUGAUGCUACUGUUACCAUGAUUGGAAAUUAUGCUGGUAUUGCUUGUGGUUAUACUAGUCCAGUUCAAGGAAUUAGCAGAUAUGCCAGGACAAUUCACCAAGCAGGGUGUGACAACGUACACUGCAAUGGCAACCAACUAAUUGGAGCGGCGGAGGCUGCAGCUCGACAGGCUGAUGCGACCGUCCUCGUGGUGGGGCUUGAUCAAUCCAUAGAAGCGGAGUUCAAAGACAGGGUUGGUAUCUUAUUGCCUGGACACCAACAAGAGCUAGUGUCAAGGGUGGCCAGGGCCUCCAGAGGUCCUACUAUACUAGUCUUGAUGUGUGGUGGUCCUGUUGAUGUAUCAUUCGCCAAAAACGACCCUAAAAUCGGCGCUAUUUUAUGGGUCGGGUACCCCGGUCAAGCCGGAGGAACUGCCAUUGCUGAUGUCCUAUUUGGCACUUCCAAUCCAGGAGGGAAGUUGCCUAUGACAUGGUACCCGCAAGAAUACUUGGCAAGAGUGCCAAUGACAAAUAUGGCAAUGAGGCCAUUCGGAGGCUAUCCUGGAAGAACCUAUCGAUUCUACAAGGGCCCAGUUGUGUUCCCUUUUGGUUAUGGGCUGAGUUACACAAGUUUUACCCACUCCUUGGUCCAAGGCCCACCAGCAGUAGUUUCAGUGCAACUAACAAGUUUCAAUGCCUUUCAAAACUCAACUGUGUCUAGUAAGGCUGUCAAGGUCACACACACAAGUUGUGACACAAUUUCACCCCAAGGUAUUCACAUUGAUGUGAAAAACACAGGAGAAAUGGAUGGGACUCACACUCUUCUAGUGUUCUCAUCUCCGCCGGCCGGGAAAUGGUCGUCAGAAAAGCAGCUUAUUGGGUUCGAAAAAGUUCGUGUGCCCGCCCAGUCACAACAGAGGGUCGAGAUUAAUAUUCAUGUGUGCAAGCACUUGAGCGUGGUCGAUCAAUUUGGGGUUCGAAGAAUUCCAAUUGGUAAACACAAUCUUCACAUUGGAGAUGUCAAGCAUUCAAUUGUUCUCCAAGCAAGUUUGGGGGAUAUCAAAUUUUAGACAUGAAAGAAGCUAAUUAAUUACUUCUUCAUAUUAUUAAUUCUGUUCCAAGAGCAGAAUUGAUUGGAAUUAAGUUGCUUGUUAAUUGUAAGAUAAAGAGAAAAAAAAGAUUGAAAAAAUGUAAAAAAAUCCUCACAAUAAGUACGAGGUGCUAGCACUUGUUUAAAAGAAAUUGCAAGUGAAGCUUGAAUGCAUAUUGUUUAAAUCCAUCAAUAAAGGUUAUUAAUGAAAUUUUCUAAGUUAUUUUAGAACCA